AUGUCUGGCGAUAUCGCUAGCAUGGCCGCCGAGAUCGAGACCUUGUCCAAAGAGCAGGCAUCGCUGAUCAAGUCCAUGGGCGAGGCCACAGAGGUGAGGAGCAAGGAGAAGGCCGCAAACGAGGAGGCCAUCGCGGACUCCAAGGCGGGAGCCGAGGCCGUGAAGCAGGCCCUCGUGAUCCUCCAAGAGUUCUACUCCUCGCAGGGCUCCUCCCUCCUGCAAGACCAGAAGCAGGUGCCCGAGAUGGCCGCGUAUACCGGCAUGCAGUCGGCCAAGGGCGGAGUGAUCGGGAUGCUGGAGGUGAUCGAGACCGACUUCAUGCGGGUGGUCGCUGACACGAGCGCUGCCGAGGCUCAGGCAUCGAAGGACUGUACGACUCCUUCAUGA